CACCACCCCAAAAACAAAAACCUUAAUACAGGCCAACCCUUUUUUCUUCUUUUUUUUUUUUAAAUUUUUUCUGUCCUUAGCCUUUGAUACAGUGACUAAAGAGGACAUAAAAAAUUUGAUUUUGAGCCAAAGCUGUGUCGCUUUUUUCGGGGGCUAUUCCGUGGGUUAUGUUCAUUCUAUCUAAAAUGUAAGAGAGGAACCAUUUCUUUUCCUAGUUGAUCCAUCAACAUAACCAGAUCCCAUUUCCUAAACAAAAAUCACCCAAAGAGAAAAGACAAGAUGAGUGGUGAAGAGAAAAACAGAGCUGUAGUUGUAGAUCACCAGCAUCACCAAUAUGGAACUUUCCAAGGAGUAGCCAACUACCCUCCACCACUUCCUCCACAGUACCAGCACCAUCACCAUCACCAUCAGCCGGCUAUUGGGUUUCCUGAGCCUGUUCCACCUCCUGGCCUACAUCAGCCCUCUGCUCCUUCUGCUCCUCAGUAUUACCCCCAAGGUUAUCAAACCGUUCCAGGUUAUGCUGUUGCUGAAGGAAGACCAGUAAGAGAGCAUCGCCUACCGUGCUGUGGCAUUGGUGUUGGAUGGUUCUUGUUUAUCAUUGGUUUCUUCCUUGGGACCAUCCCCUGGUACAUUGGAUUGUUUGUUCUACUCUUUGCAAGGAUAGACUACCGAGAGAAACCAGGAUAUAUUGCUUGCACAAUUGCUGCCAUUCUUGCUACAAUUGCAAUUAUUCUUGGUGUAACGAUGGGAGUUGAUGAUUGGUAAGCUCUUCUGAGAUGUAUAGGCUGGAAAAUAAAAUAUGUCUUUUAAUGAAAGUUAUCUUUAUGAGAACUUGCUAGAAGAGUUUGUGAGAACUAUAAUCAUGAAUGAUGGAAUAUUCGUAAUGUUUAUUUAUCAUCAAUGCUCUGAGUUAAUUUUACUCCAUAAACUUUUAUGAAGAUUUGUUAAGCAAAUACAUAAUAUAUAUUGUGCUAAGUUGUAUGCAUGGUCUGCAAUAUAAUCUUAUACUUAGAAUACGAGUAUCGAUUUGUGGUUGAUCUGCACAACCUUAACCCUAGGAAGCUUUAUUUUAGUACUUUGUUUCCCAAUAAUAUCAAUACAAUUAUCAGAAAUCUUCAACACUUGAUAACAUUUUGGGUGAUGAAAUGAGGAAUGUUAAUUGGAAAAGUACUAGAAGGGAUCUAAACUCCGUAGAAAAGAGCUAGUAAAUCAUUGGUCAUCUAUAUGUAUGGUUGAAUUACACCUGUUUCUAUCAUUUCAGUUUUACUUCUGUAGUGGUAAAUAAUAUAGCUAACAAUGAUGGUUAUGAAAAUGGGUAAAAGGGAAAUGGAGAGAAAUAGAACCAUUUUUAGGUGCAAAAUGGAGAUGAAAGAAGGUAGAAAAUGCAGAUUUUCCUCAAUUGGAUUGUGCUAUCAAUGUUCAUUUUCCUUUCUAAUUCUUAUACUCUUACCCAACUUAUUUUGAAUGAACUCUAAUCAAAGACAUUAUUAUUCAUAACCGUGAAGUGGUGCGAAAUUAUUAUGUUCGGUAA